AUGUGUUGUAAUUACAAGUUGAAAUGCGGAGCUGUGAAUUUUCAUGAUGAGGGAUGUGGAGGAACAGGGAUUGAGCUUUUGAAGCUGCUUGCAGGGAGAGGCAACAGGCUGCUGGUUGUGGAUUAUGACAGGAUUGCAUUGAGCAACCUGCACAGGUCUUGUAUGUUUACAAGGGCGGACGAGGGCAGAUACAAGUCUCAAAGAGCUGCUGAAGUAAUCAACGAGAUGUAUGGAGAAGAGGCUGAGUUUAUCACAAAAAGGAUACAAGAAGUAGACAUCUGCCUGCUAAGCCGAUAUGAUGCCUUGGUUUGUGCAGUGGAUAAUGUUGGUACAAGAAUGGACUUAAACUUGAUGUUUAUGAGGUCUGAAUGCAAAGUGUUGAUAGAUUGUGGAAUUGGUGGAUAUAAGGCACAUGCAAAGAUGGUGCGCAAAGGAUUGGCAUGCUUGUAUUGCAUCAAGGACCUGUAUGAAGCGAAUGAUCCUGGAAUGUGCAUGAUGAGGUCUGUGCCUGUGCAUAUUACGCCAGAAAAUAGAAAUGCAGUGCUGAGAUCGAUGGUGGAAAUCGAAAGAGAUAUGGCAUUGGACAAUAUGAGAGCUGCUGACAAGCAAGGAGCAGUUAAGAGAAUAGUUGAUUCAUUCAAUGCGAUCUCAUCGAACGAGCUGAGCACUAACGAGUUUGAGGUUUUUGGAAUGUAUGAUAGCAUAAUACCAAAUGUGUGCUUUAUUAAUUCUAUCUGUGCAAGCUUGGCAUAUGAAAUGCUGUGCUCAUCAGAGGAGGCCUAUGACUUUAUAUUCUACAGUGGAGAGAAUGAGCUGAUUAUCAAGAAGCAUCUUCUUGAAAAAGAUGAGGACUGUAUAGUAUGCAAGUAUGCUUAG